CUCAAUUGCAAAACGUUUUACCCGGACCCUUCAAAUCACCCCGCGGAACCUUCUUUCCCCACUACGACUGUUCUUGACAGCAGGGCGAAACACGGAGCUGACGUACCGACACAUCUCCCUCCCACCCCACCUGUGUCCCCUCGCUCUAGGUGUUGAUUAAACAAUACAAAUCCCCCAAAGGCACCACAAGAGCAACAUCGCUCCUUUCUCUACUCUACGAACUCAUAGCACCACGUUCACAUAUCCUACCACAACAACUCAAACACACAGCAACGACAACGACGACAAGUCAUCACAACUUCCACACAAUGGCCGAUUCGCAGGAGUUCAAGUACCACGUCGCCAUGAGCUGCGGCGGGUGCUCUGGCGCCGUGACGCGGGUGCUGACCAAGGCGAGAGAAAACGGCGACGUCGACGACUUCAACGUCAACCUCAAGGGCCAAUACGCAACCUUCAAGACGCAACCCGACAAGGAGGACGCCAUCUUCCAGAAGAUCAGCAAGACGGGCAAGGCGACGCACAAGUGGGACACGUGGGCGGCCGAGAACCCCGAAGACGCGGCCAAGGCGGAGAAAGAGGCUGCUGAGGAGGCGGCGAAGCAGGAGUAGACUGGGAGAAAGCAAGAGGGAAAUGAAAAUAAUUGUGCACACACGAGGAAAGGGGGAUCCCAGAGGGUGAGUGUCGAGGCUCUGUAUGCCCCGCCGCCUAAGAGGAGGAUGAGGAUCGAUCGUCGAGGAGGAGGAGGAGUCUGGGACUAUCCACCCAGACUACCCGGGCACAAACCGGCCCCGUCCAACAUUUGAAGAGGUAGAAGUGGUGAUCUUUACCUGAAUACCAACAAGCAUAUUGUCCUUCCUAACAC